AUGGAUCCUAUAAUAGAAGUCGUUGCUUUGAUUCUUGGAUUUUUGGGUUGGGUUAUGGUAGGAAUCGCCAUACCAAACCGUUACUGGAAGACGUCUACCAUUGAUGGCAGUGUCAUCACAACUUCCACCAUUUAUGAAAACUUGUGGAUGUCCUGCGCAUCAGACGCUACUGGGGUUCACAACUGCCGCGAAUUCCCAUCUCUACUCGCACUUAAUGGCUACAUUCAGGCCUCACGUGCAUUGAUGAUCGCCUCAGUUGUUAUGGGGACAUUUGGGAUGGUUUGCACGUUAAUAGGGAUGCAAUGUUCCAAAGCAGGAGGAGACAACCUCGUUCUAAAGGGCAGAAUUGCAGGCACUGGAGGUCUCUUGUUCCUCCUUCAAGGUAUUUGCACAAUGGUGUCCGUAUCGUGGUAUGCAUUCAACAUAACGCAGGACUUCUUCAACCCACUUAAUGCAGCGACAAGAUUUGAGAUCGGAGAGGGUUUGUACAUUGGCUGGUGUUCUGCUGUAUUAGCCAUCUGCGGAGGAUCCUGUCUCCUUUGUGCGUGCAACUUUGCCAGAGAGGAGAAACCCCCUUACCCUUUCAACACCGGAAGGACUGUGUACUCAGUGGCAGCAGCCCAGUCCAGGAGGGAUGCCGGAAGCACCUACGAUCGCAACGCAUAUGUUUGAGGAAAUCAUCAGCACUCAUCACUUCCACACCACCCAGCUCCAACGGUCAUCUAUGACAAUCAAGCACGGGACAAAUAUCAAGCAAUCAAGCACAGGACACUGGCCAUACAUUUAUUAUGCCACACGUGAAAAGACUUGCAGUGUCGGUCUGUCUGUUUUUGCUGAGUUUAUUUUUAUUUUAAGCCAUGUACAACUAUGCAGAUUUCUGGAUAUUUCUCUCACGAAUACAACCUUGUUAACUUUUUGGAUUAGAUUUGGUUUUCAGGCAGAUUAUUGUAUUGCACAUUAUGUUCUACAGCAGUGGUCUUCAAAGUGGGGGCUGGGGACCCCUGGGCGGCCUCGAGAGGUUGCUAGGGGGGCCGCGGCAGGUUGGUAGGAAAAGUGUGGCACAAAAAAGGGAAUAAUUUAAUAAACCGAACAAUUAAUAAACACAAAACAAAAUCAUGCAAAAUAAGAUUAAAUAAUAUUUUCAACAGCAUUAUAACAGCAUUGCAUCUCUGAACAUUACGGCUAUUAUUGUUAUUUUACAUAUACUAUACUAGUGGGGCACUGUAUCAUACUGUAGACUAUGUUUGUGGAGGGGAUGCACAGAAAAAAUAGUGUCGCACGAGCCGACCCAUGUAAGGGGGGCCUUGGCUGGAAUGUACCAGUACUGUAUAUGGGGGCCAUGGUUAAGUUUGGGAACCCCUGUUCUAUAGUUUUGUACAAAAAGGUGGUUAGGUUAGAAGUACUGGUCAAAACAAUUGAAAAUUGAAAAAAAAUACUCCAUUCAGGUAUUGUAGGUGGCCUACAUAUUAUAAAUGUAUUGAUUUCUUAGCAGAUGUGCAUGCAUUAUAGAUUCGUUGCGUUUGGUAGGCCACCCAAGGUUGUUGAGUGUAUAUAUUGUACAGUAGUCCUAUGACUUGGUCCAUACUUCAUCUUGUCUUAAAGAGGUUUCCAGGAUGCUAAGGUAUCAGUUUUGUAUGUAAAGUAGAUAUGUUGAUCGAAAAGGAUAGCAUUGGGAGGCUGAUUCUUUUUGAAUGUUUGUAAAGAAUCAAGGUCAAUAUAUCUGGAUUCACUGAUUGCGCUUGCUUGAUUUAGCCUAGGCUUAUAUAGGUCUAAGGGCACUUUUUUCCUUUCUUUCUCCAUUUGCA